AUGAUUGUUGUUCUCUUCUUUGUCGCCCUCUGCUUGGAAGUCGACUCAGCUUUUAUCACACUGGGUCCCAGUUUGGAUGCUGAGGGGCAUGAAUGGAAGACAAAACAUGGGAAAACAUACAACAUGAAUGAAGAAAGUCUGAGGAGAACAGUGCGGGAAAAGAAUUUUAAAAUGAUUGAACUGCACAAUUGGGAAUAUCUCGAGGGGAAGCAUGAAUUCACCCUGGCCAUGAACGCCUUUGGUGACCUCACCAAUACAGAAUUCAGGAAAAGGAUGAUUGGCUUUCUACGGCAGAGGAUGAAGAAGAGGCACACGUUCCAGGAUCAUCUGUUUCUGUCUGUCCCCAGAUCUGUGGAUUGGAGAGAACGAGGCUAUGUGACUCCUGUGAAGAAUCAGGGUCAUUGUGCUUCUAGUUGGGCUUUUAGUGCCGCUGGAGCCCUAGAAGGACAGCUGUUCAGGAAAACAGGGAGACUGAUCCCGCUGAGUAAGCAGAACCUGCUGGACUGUGUGGGAUUUAAUGUCACCCAUGGCUGCAGCGGUGGCUUCCUGCAGCACGCCUUCCUGUACGUGAAGGACAGCAGCGGCCUGGCUACUGAGAAGUCCUGUCCUUACAAAGGGCAGGGUAGAGAGUGCAGGUACCAUGCUGAGAUCUCUGCAGCUAAUGUCAGAGACUUUGUGCAAGUCCCAGGACACGAGAAAGCCCUUAUGAAGGCAGUGGCUAAGGUGGGGCCCAUCUCUGUGACAGUUGAUGCCAGCCAUAGCUCCUUCCAGUUCUAUGAGAGUGGCAUUUAUUAUGAGCCACAGUGCAGAAGGGUUCACCUAAAUCAUGCUGUUUUGGUGGUCGGCUAUGGCUUUGAAGGAGAAGAGUCAGAAGGCAACAGUUACUGGCUGGUCAAGAACAGCUGGGGUGAAGAAUGGGGCAUGAAAGGCUAUACGAAAAUGGCCAAGGACCGAAACAACAAUUGCGGAAUUGCUAUCUAUGCCACCUACCCCAUUGUGUGA